CUAGCUCCGCCCCCGUUCCCUACUUUCUUUUCGCUUCCGAGAUGGCUUCGGUGGCCGAUAGGGAGCCCUGGAACCAGGUGCGGAUCCCAAGCCCGGGGAGUUUGAGCACAGUGGCCGUUGAAGACGAAGAUGGGGCAAUUGGUUCAUAUAUUAAAGCUGUGAUUAAGGAGUGCCACACUGUCAAAAUGUCACUUAUAAGAAAAGAUUUGGAUGCUGAAACAGGUGUCUUACGUGCUAUCCUUUACAGUAAUCACAACAAACUGUGUCAUCACAAGCCAUAUUUGGCUCUCAAACAGGUUGAACAGUGUCUCAAACGCAUGAAUUGUGUGAAUUUGGAGGGUUCCAUUCAAGAUUUCUUUGAGCUGUGUCCCAAAGAAGAUGAACUUGAAAGUAGGAAAAAGUAUAUAAUUCCCAGCCAGCCAGUGAUGGAGUUUGUGUUAAUGAAGAUUUUGGGAACCUGCAAAUUAAUACUUCGCUUAUUAGACUGUUGCUGCAAGACAUUUCUUUUUUCUGUGAAGCAUCUUUGUUUGGAAGAAUUCAUCAUUUUAAACACUGUUAUUACAGGACUGGUGAGCAGGUUGUGGGUCCUGUACAAGGAUGUUUUAAAAAAACUUGUCUCUUUAUAUCAGCCUUUAUUUAAAUUACUACAAGAGGUAUCCAAGAUUCAACCAACACCUUACUUCAAAAAUUUUACCUUUCCAACUGAGCUUACGGAAUUUUUAGGAGAGGCCUAUCUUGAUAUUAUUAACAAAAAGAUGGUAGCUAAAGGAGUAACAAAAUUGCUUAACAAACUAUUUCUAGCAAAAGAGAACUCAACCAAGGCUAUUGAAAAAACAGAAGCACCCCCAAACGCUAAGCAAAUGAGGAUAAAGGUAACAGAAAAGGUGGAUAUUGGGAAGGCAGUGCUGAAGAGGAAAACUUACGGAGAAACAUCAUCAGUGUUUGACCUGAAGGCCUUUUGCAAAAGACCAAGGCACAAAACUACUCUGGUUGCCAACGUCCAGUCUGUAUGUUCUGAAAUGAAAGUAAGGAAAGCCAUUAGUUCAUCCCAGCGGUUGGUAGGACCCUCUGGUGCCCGAAAGCUUGUGCUGAGGAUCCGAGAGGCACGAUCUUUUACACAACUUUCAGAAGAACUCCAAAUGGCCAUUUUUUGGUGUCGGAGCAAAAAAUUGAAGCAUAAAGUCACCUUUCUGGGUAACAAACUUCUAAAAAGUAACCGGCUUAAGCAUGUAGAAGCUCAAGGUUGCAGCUUGCCCAAGAAAUUGAACUGCAUAAAAACAUCCAUCUGUAACUCUCUUCUCCGUGGUAUGGGUAACAUGUCUUCAAAGUGCCACCUGAGACGAAUCACUUCACAGAAUAAAUUUGUAAAGCAGCAGAGGAAACCACAGAGAAAGUUGCAGCCUGCUGUUCUAAAGGAAAUUCAGCAGUUUCCUCAUCACACUGAGAAGAAGGCUGUCACAGAGAGAGAUGCUAAACGAACAUUCUCAGACCUUAUACUUCAUAGACCUGAAGUAACAUCAAAAAAGGGCCAAUGGCCAGAUGACAGAAAUGCAAAUCUUAUUGAAAAUUGUAACAGUGCACUGAAGUCACCAGCAUUGGCUCCAGUAAGGGAAAACAACACCAUGUCAAAAGCUGCCAAAGACAUGGAUGAUAUUGAUGACAUUUUUUCAUCCUUGGGAGUUUAGAUGUCCACGUAUGUGAAGUUCACAAUUAUGGCUGCUAGAAGAAUCUCCAUAUUGUGCCUCUGAGAGGUGGAAGCUCUACAUUGUACCCAGAAGCAAGAGCGAUAUCUUCAUUCAUGCAGAAUCACUUUACUGCCCAAGUCAUGAGACUGACUUCGAGAGGCCUCAGAACCCCAAAUAGUUCAGACUGAUUUCUAUUUAUUUACCAAGGAUUCCAUGUAGAUUGACCAGGAACAUUAGAAAACUGUCUUGGUCAAGACCUGUACUCCUAGGCUAGUUCUAAUGAAUCCAGCAUAGGCACUGUGGAACUGGAGGGUGGAGACAUCCAGAAGACCACUGUUGCCUUUACUGGCUUAAUUAUAAUGGAACGACAUUGCUACUUGUUAUUGAUGUCCCUAGGGCAUCAAGAUGUCUUGUUUGGGGUGAUUGUGUUGUCCAGUUUUGUAUAUGAUACAAAUAGAAUUGAUCUCCAAGAAAA